AUGCAAAGAUGCGGAGUGGAAGGACUGGGUCUGAGUGAAACGGAUCUCAGAGAUAGUAGACACUUUGAAACUAAAAAUGGAAACAUGAUAUUCCUUGCUGGUAACGGUGAAAAGAGCAGCAAUGGAGUUGGGUUCAUUGUUGCAAAAACCGUGAAAAACUGUGUACUGGGCUAUGAGGCGAUUGGUGACAGAAUAAUCAGGAUUAGAAUUGGUGUCCGCCCGCACAACCUAAACAUCAUCCAAGUAUAUGCGCCUACAGUCGAGUGUACGAAGGAGGAAAUCUCUAAAUUCUACGCAAAGCUUGAGACAACCUGCCGUAUGGGACAGAGAAAAGAGACCACCGUGUUGCUGGGCGACUUUAAUGCGAAGGUGGGAAAAACUACGCACGAUACACACCUUAGCCAAACAGUAGGGAAGUACGGUCUGGGGGCCCGCAAUGAAAGAGGAAAAUUGCUUCUGCAAUUCUGCAUAAGUAAUCAAUUUACCAUCAUGAAUACUUGGUUCAAGAUACACCUACGGCGGUUGUAUACGUGGACGUCACCAGGAGGUACAUACCAAAACAAAAUUGACUACGUGUUAAUUAACACCAGAUGGCGCUCAUCCAUUACUAAUACCAAGACAUUACCCGGGGCGGAUUACAGAAGCGACCAUCAGUUACUGGUUGCGGAGUUUAAAGGCCAGCUCAAAGUCAUCCAUAAAGCUAGUAACAACAGGGCACUACACAUGCAUGCUGAUGUAAUGCCGCAAUUCAAGCGGGACAUGGGGACUAGGCUUCUAGGAAUGGAGACGGAUUUAUCGGAGUCAGUCAAUGAUAUGUGGGUCAGGCUGAAAACAGUCGUCGUGGACUCAGCGGAGGCCAUUGUGAAACAACGCCGAGGUCCACACAGUAGACCUAACUGGAUGAGUCAGGAGACCUGGUCCGCCGUCCUACACCGCAGGACCUUAAAAGGAUAA